AUGCAGAGCUUCUUUGCAUUACUAAGCUUUGCAUUAAUCUUUGCAACAUUAUUGUAUAUGAAUCAGACUCCAGAUCCACCAGGACGGAUGGUUGAACUCAUUACUAAAACAUCAUCAUCCGAAGAAAAUCCACGCUGUGACGUGGCGCGCUUGGAUACAUUACGUCAUGCUGCUAUUGUCUACACUUGGGUCAAUGGUACUGAGAAUUGUUAUGAAAAAAGACGUGAACGUGCAGGAUUAUCAGCUGGUGGAUCUUCACGAGACAAGGAGAUGGACGAACUCAAGUAUUCGAUCCGUUCAUUGCUCAAGUUUGCGCCGUGGCUCGAAGGACCCAUUUAUAUUGUUACUCCUGGUCAAAUCCCUGACUGGCUGGAUUUAUCGAACCCACGGGUUCGUGUCGUGGACCAAGACGAUCUCUUGCCCAAGGAUAAAACCAAGCUCCCGAUCUUUAACACAAAUGUGAUUGAGCAGUAUUUGCACAAGAUUCCAGGACUUACGGACGUGUUUAUCCAUAUGAAUGAUGAUUAUCUAUUCAUUAAACCAGUGACACCGGAUCGAUUAUUCUCUUGUGAUGGAGGACUUCGCUUUCUUACAGAGACUAACCACAUUCGUCAUGUACGAAGUGAAAAUAAUUCCAAUGCAUGGCUGGCGAGUGUACGAAAUACGGUUAUGCUUAUGGACAUGACGUACGGAGGUCAACACGUGUACAACUUUUUAAAACACGCACCAUAUGUCUACAGUCGUCGUGCUUUUGAAGAAAUCCACAAAAAGUUUGCCAAGUACCUGGAAUCCAUGCUAUCACACCAGAUACGCCAUCCGGAGGACUUAAAUAUGCCGCUACUGCACCACAUUUACAUGCAGGAAGAGGGUUCCAAGGCUUUGGGUAUUCCUGUUGAGCUGAAUCCCAUUAGCGAAUGCCAAGACUGGGUACUGCUGCGUGUGAAGGAUAAUUACGAUGACUUGCUCAAUGCACAUUUUAAGAAGGCACUAGAUAACAAGGGACCCGAGGUUUUGCUGGCGUUGAACGAUGAGUUUAAGAAUCCAAAAACGGCUGAAUUGGUUGGCCGCUUCUACUCCCAGCUGCUGCCAGAGCCUGCUUUUAUCGAGUUGCCCGAAGGCCACCACGUGAGCGUGGUGAGCAACUGGCACGGUGACGACUGCGCGUACGACCCCAAUGUUAUCCCGCUACCGGAGCCGGACUUCAUGCCAUUGCGAGCAGAGGACGAUGCAGUCGACUGGAAAUCUGCACCGACAUUAACUCGACACCGCUCGCCCAAUGAGCUCGUUUUUGCCAACAUGACACCGUCGUUCGGCUGGAACUUGGCCUCGAUCGUUGGCUAUGGUUUUGGUCUCAUCACUGCCGCAGUGGUCUCCAUCUACAUUGUUCGGUUUUCGAGCAAGGGGACUUUGUCGCUACGCGUCACCAAGCAAAAUUAA